AUGAUUAGCAGAAACAUAAGUAGCAGCUGCUCAUACGCACACCGAGACCGGAACCUCUUCCUCAGCAUCCUCAAAAAGGCCACCACACUCUCUCACCUAACCCAAACCCACGCCCAGAUCAUCCUCAAUGGCUACCAAAACGACCUCGUCAUCAUCACCAAGCUCACCCACAAGUUCUCCGACCUCAAAGCCAUACGCCACGCACGUGACCUCGUCUUCUCCUUCCCGAAACCCGACCUGUUCCUGUUCAACGUCCUCAUCAAAGGUUUCGCCGCCAACGCUUCUCCUUUGUCUUCGGUCUCUCUCUACACCCACCUCAGAAAAAACACCACUCUCUCCCCUGACAAGUACACCUACGCUUUCGCCGUGUCCGCCGCUUCCGGGUUUAACGACGAGAAACAUGGCGCUCUGCUACAUGCGCAUUCCGUUAUUGACGGUCUUGGUUCGAAUUUGUACGUGGGUUCGAUUUUGGUCGACUUCUACUUUAAAUUUUCGAGAGUUGGGUAUGCACUGAAGGUGUUCGACGAAAUGCCUGAAAAGGAUACGGUGGUGUGGAACACGAUGGUUUCGGGGUUGGUGAGGAAUUGUUACAAUGCUGACGCGGUGCGUGUUUUUAGAGACAUGGUUGCGGGUGGGACGGGUUUUGAUUCGACUACGUUGGCGACAUUGCUUCCUGCCGUGGCGGAGCUGCAGGAGCUGAAAGCAGGGACGUGGGUGCAGUGUUUGGCUGUGAAAGCUGGGUUUCAUGAUGAUGUCCAUGUGCUUACUGGGUUGGUUUCGUUGUAUUCGAAAUGUGGGGAGCUUGAGACUGCCAGGAGGGUGUUUGGGAUGAUUGGUGAGCCGGAUUUGAUAUGUUAUAAUGCGAUGAUUGCCGGGUAUACUUGUAAUAAUGAGACAGUGUUGGCAGUUGGUCUUUUUAAGGAGUUGCUUGGGUAUGGGAAGAAAGUUAAUUCGAGCACCAUUGUGGGGUUGGUUCCUGUGUCUUGCCCUUUUGGUCAUCUGCAGCUCAGUGGCUGUCUUCAGAGUUUCUGUGUGAAAUCCGGCAUUGUUUCACAUCCUUCUGUUUCAACUGCUUUAGUUACUGUGUACUGUAGACUGAAUGAGAUUGAUUCGGCGAGGCAGCUUUUCGAUGAGUCUGCAAAGAGAACUUUGGCGUCUUGGAAUGCCAUGAUAUCCGGUUAUACCCAAAAUGGGCAUACAGACACUGCGAUAUCUCUUUUCCGAGAAAUGAUGUCCGAGUUCAGUCCAAAUCCUACUACUGUUACUACUAUUCUUUCUGCCUGUGCUCAGCUUGGAGCUUUAAGUCUUGGGAAAUGGGUUCAUGGUUUGAUUAAGAGCAAGAAUCUUGAGUCUAACAUCUAUGUGUUGACUGCUUUAGUUGACAUGUAUGCAAAGUGUGGGAGCAUUGUGGAAGCUAGGCAACUAUUCGACAUGAUGCCUGAGAAAAAUGUAGUCACUUGGAAUGCCAUGAUAUCUGGUUAUGGCCUCCAUGGUGAUGGCCAUGAAGCAAUGAAACUCUUUAAUGAUAUGUUGGAUUCCGGGAUUCCCCCAAGCGGUGUUUCUUUUCUCUCUGUCUUGUAUGCUUGCAGCCAUGCUGGUUUGGUGAGAGAAGGAGAUGAUAUCUUCCAUAGAAUGGUUCAUAACCAUAAGUUUGUGCCCUUAGCUGAGCACUACGCCUGCAUGGUUGACAUCUUUGGCAGAGCUGGACAGUUGGAGAAGGCCUUGGAAUUUAUAAAGAAAAUGCCGGUUGAGCCAGGCUCUGCUGUUUGGGGAGCCUUGCUUGGUGCAUGUAAGAUACACAAAGACACCAAACUCGCACGUUUGGCUUCUGAAAAGCUACUUGAAUUGGAUCCAGAUAAUACAGGAUAUUAUGUCUUGCUCUCUAAUAUAUUAUCAGCUGAUGGCAACUUUCCAAAGGCUGCUUCAGUUCGGCAGGUAGCCAAGCAUAGAAAUUUGGCAAAGACUCCUGGAUGCACUCUUCUUGAGAUUGGUGACACCCAACAUGUCUUCACCUGUGGUGAUCGUUCCCAUCCUCAAGCAACAGCAAUCUAUAAGAUGCUAGACAAGUUAACAGGAAAGAUGAGGGAGGCUGGAUUUCAAACUGAAACAGGAACUGCAUUACAUGAUGUGGAGGAGGAAGAGAAAGAGCUAAUGAUGAAUGUUCAUAGUGAGAAGUUGGCCAUUGCUUUUGCCCUUAUUUCUACGGCACCUGGAACAGAAAUCAGAAUCAUCAAGAAUCUACGGGUUUGUUUAGAUUGCCAUAAUGCAACUAAAUUUAUAUCCAUGAUCACACAGAGAGUUAUUGUAGUUAGGGAUGCUAAUAGAUUCCAUCAUUUCAAAGACGGUGUUUGUUCUUGUGGAGACUACUGGUGA